AGGUCGGACGAGCUGGGAGUUCGCUUCUUCCGCCCCGAGGUGCUCUCCCUCCAGCCUACCCGCCCACUCUUUCACCCCGGCGCCCCGCGACCACAGCUGGCCACACAGCUGGUCGGCUGCGGACUCCCGGCUGUGGGCAGGGGGCUAGUGUGGGCGUGCCCUCCAGUCCGGGCGGGCUGCGGACACUCCCCCGGGUCAGUGUGAGGAGAGGAGGAGCGGGAACAGUGACGAGAGCCAAGGGAGGAGGCAAGGAGGACGAAAGAGGGCGGGCAGAUAGACAGACGGGCAGACAGACUGCCAGCCUGGGGCCUGGGGAGCGUUAUUUGAACCCGAAAGACACCCCGGCUUGGCUCCCGCCCUCUGCGCCCCACGGCACAGCUGGAGGAUGCUGCGCUACAGCUCCGCGGUCACCCUGCUUUCGGGCAACGGGGCGGCUUCCUCGGGGAGUUCGGGCAAGAGGGCCAACGUCUGCAGAUUACGAUUAACGGUGCCCCCUGACUGCUCAGUUUCAGAGCAAAGUGAAAAGAAAGAGGAAAGAAAAGAGCAACAUCCUGAUUUAAUCAAUGGAGAAUCAACCAAGAAACUCCCCCAAGGUGUGGUUUAUGGUGUGGUUCGAAGAUCUGACCAAAACCAACAGAAAGAAAUGGUGGUGUAUGGUUGGUCCACUAACCAGCUGAAAGAAGAAAUGAACUACAUCAAGGAUGUGAGAGCAACAUUGGAAAAAGUCAGAAAACAAAUAUACGGGAACUAUGAUGAAAUGAGGCAGAAAAUUCAACUCCUUACCAAAGAAUUGAGAGUUUCAAAUGCUAAGCAAGACUAUCUGCAGAAUCACAUUGAAACACAGUCUUCAGCCUUGGAUAGUUUUAAUGACUUGAACUCUUCUUUGGCUUCAGACUCCAUUGACUUACAGAAAACAUUGGUGGAUGUUACCUUGGAAAACAGUACCAUUAAGGACCAGAUCAGAAAUUUACAGCAUACAUAUGAAGCAUCUAUGGAAAAACUGAGAGAAAAGCAGAGACAGCUAGAGGUGGCUCAGGUUGAAAACCAGCUUUUGAAACUAAAGGUAGAAUCUUCCCAGGAGGCCAAUGCUGAUGUCAUGAGAGAGAUGACCAAGAAGCUCUAUAGUCAGUAUGAAGAAAAACUACAACAAGAACAGCAAAAACACAAUGCAGAGAAAGAGGCACUUCUGGAAGAAACCAAUAAUUUUCUGAAAGCCAUCGAGGAAGCCAAUAUCAAGAUGCAAACAGCAGAGACCAGCCUUGAGGAGCGAGACCAAAGGAUUGGCGAGUUGGACAGACUAAUUGAACGUAUGGAAAAGGAGCGCCAGCAACUUCAGCUGCAGCUGCUUCAGCAUGAGACUGAAAUGUCGGGAGAAGUCGUCAGCACAGAUUUUGACAAAGAAAGGUAUCAGCAGCUGGAGGAAGCAGCAGCUAGCUUGCGAGAACGCAUUAGACACCUGGAUGACAUGGUCCAUUGCCAGCAGAAGAAAGUCAAGCAGAUGGUUGAGGAGGUCGAAUCAUUAAAGAAAAAAGUACAACAGAAACAAUUAUUUAUCUUGCAACUUUUAGAAAAAAUAUCCUUCUUGGAAGGCGAGAAUAAUGAACUACAAAGUAGACUGGACUACUUAAUGGAAACACAGCCCAAGACUGAAGUGGAAACCAGAGAGAUUGGAGUAGGCUGUGAUCUACCAUCCAGUCAAACAAUCAGGACUCGAGAAAUUGUAAGGCCUACAAGGACCUAUGCACCGUAUACAAGAGUAAUGGAAUUAACUAUGAAGAAGGCUGUAACUGAAGCAGACCAAUAAAUACAUUCAUUUUAGAGGAAUAAAUGCACUGGGACUGCGGCAUGAAUUCUGGAAAGUAUGGAUGUUACCUCCUUGAUCCACACGUUUGCAUCAAUGAGAAUUAGAGUUGCUACAAACAACUUUCCUUUUAGGAGCCUAAAGAUGGAAAGUAAGGUGGGGUUUGGGAGAGAUAGAAAGGAGGGAAGAACCCUGAAGUGCAAUAUAUCAUAUUUCAAACACUAAACCCAAAUACGCUUACAUGCAGUGUUUUCUGUCAUUUUCUAUGUACCCACUAAAGUUUUGUUAGUGGGAUUCACCUACAAUCUGUAAUUUUACUAGAUUUGGGUUGUUAAUAGAGGAAAGGGGCAUUAAUCAAAAAGUGAUUUGUGUGGGGGGUUUUUCAUGCCAGUAUCACUUGUUACAUACACUAUGAAGGUUUUGUUACCCAUAAAGUAUUAGGAGUUGAUAUUUUUCUUUGGUGCAGAGACAUUUGUCCACAACAACAACAAAAAAAAAAAAAGAAAGAAAGAAAGAAAGAAAAGAAAAAGACUGUUGGACACACUUUCAAACUAAAGUGUAAAUGAAGACUUAUUGGCAGUCAGAAGCGGGUGACUUUUAGCCGCAGAUGUCUAUCUGCUGAAGGUUUUGUAUUUUACACAAGUCCCCGUGAAAAAUUAUUCUAAUGCCUGGGCAUCCAUCUUAAAUCUGGGUUCUGGAGCUCCAAAAUCCUUUGCAGUUCAUUUGUGCCUUGCAUCUUUAUCAGGUGAACUGAAAUCACUGUAUUUAUUUCUACCUAUGAGUAUUUUUUCUUCCUCAUUUCAACCUACAAGAUAAUUUUGUAUGUUAAAAUUUUACUAAUUUAAGUUUUCAAUAACAAUUGAUGUUUUUUUCUUAAAUGAGUAUUUUA